GGGUUGUGUACCCCAGAGGGGACGAGCCCUGUUCCCCAGUGUGCCGUGGCUAAUGUGUGUGACUAACCAGGGUGGGGGUUUUGGGGUCACUGCUCACACCCCUCCACCACUGCUCCGGCCCCACAGAAUAACUUUGAGGAGCCCAUUGCUCUGCAAGAGAUGGACACAAGCAACGGGGUCCUGCUGCCCUUCUAUGAUGCUGAUUCCAGCAUUGUCUACCUCUGCGGGAAGGGUGACAGCAGCAUCCGCUAUUUCGAGAUCACGGAUGAGGCACCCUAUGUGCACUACCUGAACACCUACAGCAGCAAGGAGCCCCAGCGGGGCAUGGGCUUCAUGCCCAAGCGUGGGCUGGAUGUCAGCAAGUGUGAGAUCGCCAGAUUCUUCAAGCUGCACGAGCGCAAGUGUGAGCCCAUCGUCAUGACGGUGCCACGCAAGUCAGACCUCUUCCAGGAUGACCUGUACCCCGACACGCCAGGCCCCGAGCCAGCCCUGGAGGCAGAUGAGUGGCUGUCAGGGAAGGACGCAGAGCCCAUCCUCAUCUCGCUGCGGGAUGGGUAUGUCCCCAUCAAGAACCGGGAGCUGAAGGUGGUCAAGAAGAACAUCCUGGACAGCAAACCCCCGCCAGGCCCCCGACGAAGCCACUCCACUUGCGACUCUGACUUCUCUCAGCCAGCCUUGGAGGAGGUGCUGGAGGAGAUCCGUGCCCUCAAGGAGACGGUCCAAGCGCAGGAGAAGCGCAUCUCCGACCUGGAGAACAAACUCUGCCAGUUCACCAACGGCACGGACUAGC